CGAUGAUCGGGCUGGCAGCUUUAACUGGAGCGGAAUCCAGAGCUGCGCAGCAUGACUGCAGACUCGCCGCAAACACAACACAACAACACGUGGAUCCAAAAAGGAUGCCAGAAGAAGGGCUGAACGAGUUGCAUUUUUACACAUUUUUGCACGAAAUACAGAUUCCUUUAUGGGCAACGACAUCAGUAAAAUCAGUAAGCCAAAGGGACCACCUGCUGAGCGUCGCUUCAGUCUUGGGAUCCUCUCGAACAGGAGGGUCUCCAUCACACAAAGACUCGGACACUCGGCUGUGUUUUCUCGGCCUGUGUUGCCUGAUGGCAGACCGCCUGACCCCAACCUUCUGCAGCCUCCAGAGGACACAGAAACUCCUCCAGCUCUCAUCUCCGUCUUUCUGCCUGAGUUCCCACAGCGUAGACUUCCAGGACCAGAGCAAUUCAAGAUCCUGGGGUUUAUAGCCAAAGGCUCAUAUGGACCCAUCCUGAAAGUAAAGGACUUUUUUAAAGAGAAGACCUACGCUGUUAAGGUUCUACCAAAGUCAGACAUCUUGAAGCAUGGAGUGCUUGAGCAGUCAAAAGAAGAAGUCAUCAUCCAGCGGCAGCUCAAACACCCAUUCAUCCACAAUCUACAGGACUGCUGGCAGACACAGCACCAUCUCUUCAUUAUGUGUGAUUACUGCAGCACUGGAGACUUGUACACUUGCUGGUUACUGAAGGGCCAGUUUAGGGAGGAUGAGGUUCGACUCUUUGCUGCAGAACUGGGCAGUGCGCUGGGAUUUCUUCAUGACGUAGGGAUCAUACAUAGAGACGUAAAGAUGGAGAACAUUCUUUUAAGUGAUCAAGGUCACCUACGUCUGUCUGAUUUUGGCCUUGGACAGCGCCUAAAAAGAGGAGGAAAAGCAUUCACGAUAUGUGGGACGAUCCAAUACAUGGCUCCUGAAGUAUUAAGUGGGGGUCCGUACAAUCACGCUGCUGACUGGUGGUCUUUUGGGGUUAUGCUGUUCUCACUGGUGACAGGAGAGUUUCCAGUACCUGCAGAGCCAGACCACAGCACCAUGUUAAAAAAGGUCAAGGAUUUUCCUUAUAUCCUACCUGAGACCUUCAGCUCUGCUCUGAUCUCACUGCUCACUGAGCUUUUGUGCAAGAUUCCAGUGAACCGGCUUCGUAACCUGGAGUGUUUAAAGAUGCAAGCUUUCUUUCGGGGCACUUCAUUUGACUCACUCAUCCUUCAGAAGACGCCUGUUAAAGUCAUCCUGGAGCUAAGGACUCAUCCUGAUUGGCCAGCUAAAGCCAUGAGAGGCCUUUCAUUAGACACCUUUGCUGACUUUGACAUCGAAAAAAUCCUUCAUUCUCCUACAACUUUGACUGAACUUUCUCCUACAUUGGCAAACAUGGACCUGAGCCCGGCGACAGAACAGACUACUGGACAAUGUUAACAAAGACGUUUACUGGAAAUAAACUGCCACAUUUGUAUUGCUGCCAGUAUAUAAUGAACUUGUGGGAACGUUUUUAAAUGAUCUACAGUGUUUAAGAUGUAUCCUAACAUUUUGAAAUCAAUGUUUUGUUAGCAAACAUGUUGGGCUCCUUGCUACUUCCUAAUGCAUUACUGAUUUCUGUGCAUCACAUUACCUUCACUAUUUAUUUGAAUACUAACGUAUCACCAUGGGUAUAUGUGUUCCAUUACACAAUCAAGUAAUAACAGGUUUCAGUGCAUAUUCAGUAAAUUCUAGUAUGUGAAUUGUUUUAGCAACCGAGCUAUGAAAAAAGGUGUAAAAUAGUGUUUUAAUAAAACAAUGUACUGC